AUGGCCUCAGCCGCAGCUACCAUGAAGAUGAGGGAGGAAGCCACGUGUUCCAUCUGCCUGGAGCUGAUGACAGACCCCUUGAGCAUCAACUGUGGGCACAGCUUCUGCCGCAGGUGCAUAGAGGACAUCCUAGGGUGGAAAAGAUCUGUGACAUCAUCCCAUGAGAAGUUCUCCUGCCCCCUGUGUCAGACACCAUUCCAAAGGGAGAGUCUCCGGCCCAACAGGCAGCUGGAGAACCUCAUUGAGAGCAUCAGGGAGCUGGAGAGUGAGAAGCUGUGUGAGGAUCAUGGGGAGCAGCUGCACCUGUUCUGUGAGGAUGACGGGCAGCUCAUCUGCUGGCGCUGUGAGCGGUCCCCCCGACACAGAGGACACAACACGGCGCUUGUGAAAGACAUAUGUCCAGACUACAGGGAAAAGCUCAAGAAAGCUGUGACAAAACUGAGAGAUCUACAAGAACAAUGUAAGAGUCAGAAGCUAUUAACAAGAGAGCAGAUAACUGAAUGGGAGGAGAACAUAGAACUUGAGAGACAAAAAAUCCAGUCUGACUUUGAGAAUCUCCACAAUUUCCUCCGUGAAGAGGAGAAGUGUUUUCUGUGGAAACUGGAGACAGAGAGAGAACAGAUACUGAGGAAACUGCGGGGCAGUGAGGCCAGUCUGAAAAAGCAGAGUCUUGAACUCGAGAAUCACAUCCUGGAACUAGAGGAGAAAUGUCAGAGCUCAGCCCAGAACUUGCUGCAGGAUGUGAAAGACACCUUAAGCCGGAGUUCAUCUGUUAAGCUGAAAAUGUCAAAGGUCCUCUCUUUGGAACCUCAAACUGUGUGCAAUGUUUCUGAGCUUUACCUUGACGUGAAGAAAAUAUUAAGAAGCUACCAAGCCAACGUGACCCUGGAUCCGGCCACAGCUCAUCCUAAACUCAUUCUGUCUGAGGAUCGGAGACAAGUGGACCGUGGAAGUCCCCAGAGGAAGCUUAACAGUGCCUGGAGAUUUAGUGUGUUGCCCUGUGUCCUGGGCUGUGAGGGCUUCGUCUCAGGGAGACAUUAUUUUGAGGUGGAUGUAGGAGAAGGAACUGGGUGGGAUUUAGGAGUGUGUCUGGGAAAUGUGCCCAGGAAUGUGGAAAUGAUGGUGGAGCCUCAGUCUGGGUUCUGGGCCAUCCGACGGUGCAUAUUUAACUACUAUGUCGCCCUUACAAACCCUCACACUUCCCUUCCUCUGAGGGAACAGCUCCAGGUGGUAGGAGUUUCUCUGGACUAUGAAGCUGGACUUGUGUCCUUUUACAACAUGACAACUGGCUCCCACAUCUUCACCUUCCCGAAGGCCUCCUUCUCUGAUAUUCUCCGACCCUUUUUCAGGGUUUAUCAAGGUUCUCCUUUAUUCCUGCCUGCCCCAAAGAAUUAA